AUGGCAAUCCUCGAAUAUCAAAAUAAUUUAAGUAGAAUGAACAUGGAAAACUUACGAAACUUUGUUUUAUUUCGAUACUUUCUUAUACCUUUCGCUAUCUUUUUAACUGUGGUUCCCGCGGGAAUUCUUUCUCUUACGCAACAAUAUCAACAAAAUCAAAACGUCGUGACUUUUACAACGAUUAUAUCACAAGAAAUUCCUCAAGAAAAAUUUACUAAUGGAAUCACUUUUGGCAGUGGAGUCAUAUUAAUCCCAAGUUUAACAUUAAGUGGUAACUUUGUAUGCGUGAUAUGUGCAUGGAUCAUCGCUUUAAUUGGAAUUUUCGGUUUCUUAAGAAAGAAUAAUUUAUUCGGCCAAUUUAUUUCUAUACUUUUAAUUACAUUCACAAUAUUACAAACAAUUUCCGCCAUUUACACUGUGAUAUUUAACGAUCAGUGGAUCUUUGAAAUUUUAAGUGGUUCAUGGCAAAAGGCUUAUUUACUUGAUCCUGAAUUAAUAAAAGAGAUUCAAUAUGAGUUUUCGUGUAAGGGAUUUGUUUCAGUUGAUGAUCGACCAGCAAAUAUACCUCAUCAAUUUGAUGAGAGUUGUAGUAAAAUGUUGAUUAAUCGAUUUAGUACACAAUUAUUUGAUGUGGCUAAAAUCAUAUUAUUAGCGAGAUUUGUUCAGUUAUUUGGUGUAUUGAUACACACUCAUAUAUUCAAUCGCGUUAUACUGCAAGACAUUACGAUGAUGUACUCUGAAGAAUGCGACACAGAAUAUUUUUAUGACGACAAAGAUAAUUAUAAUGACGAUUCUUUAGAUGAUUUGGAAGAUGACGACGAUCAAAAUACUUGGAUAGAUCCUCCAACAUCUCCGUUAUUGUUAUCAAAGAUAUACUUUGGUGAGCAAGCGUCUUAG